AUGAGUCGUUCAAACCCUCGGCCUGUACUAGGCUCCGUACAGCCCAUCACACAAGACUGGGGUUUGCUCGCACCAGGACAGAUCCACACUUUAUCUGUUCCCGUUCAUCCAACACCACAAUCCAUUCUCGACGGAAGCUACCAGCGGAUGAAUGUCAACAACAGAGAAGAUGUGGUAACCUUACUCCCUCGCCGACCAGAAUUUCUGGGACCACCAUCGGUUCCUAGCAUCUUGUUCAGUGUGAACGGAAGACCGGGUCCGUACAUCCGGGACAUCCUCCGAGAGGAAGUCGAAGUGGACAGUCCGUUUGACCAAGUCUUCUACUCACGUGGAUGGAGACAGACUUGGAUUAUGAUUGACUGGCCUGGGACGGACAAUAGCAGAGAGACGUUGGGAUGUAUGACAGAUCGCGGACCGCUGACUCGCUCUGAACUAGCAAAGUGGCUGAGCUUCAAGAUAAGUGAGUUUAUUGUGGCAGGUAGAAAGGGAAAGUUGCAAUGGGGCCCACAGCGCCUCGACGCCACCACUCGUCGAUGGGAUCUCCGGGAGGUCAGCACCUCGCAAGUUCGCCUAAUGGGAUUAAACUACUACAAGAACACCUGGAUCCCCGUCCUCGCAUUUGAUUGGGCUUAA